UGACUUAUUCAACAGCAACUGAAACACUUAUUUUCCAGCUGCCACCUCAUCAAUCUAUUCAGCACUUCCAAGUCAGCAACACUUCAGCAGCAUCUUGAGACACAUAUUCAACGGAUUCUCUUCCAUAUCAUCUUUUUCAAAAUCUCUUUCGAGCUUCUUUUUCUUUGAAACCUCGUUUCACGAAUCUUAUCUCUAAUCUUAUCCAUCAACAAAACGGACAAAAACCAGUUUGCAUCAUCUCAGACAUGUUCUUAGGAUGUUGUUAUGAGAUAGCUCAAGAGUUUGGGGUGUUUCAUCUUAUAUUUUUCAUUGGUGGUGGUUUUGGCUUUGCUUGUUACUACUCUUUCUGGCUAAAUUUACUUCUCCGGAACACGGAUUCUUAUGAAUUUGUGUUGCCUGAUUUUCCUGAAGCUUCAACAUUUCAUGUUACUCAGAUGGAAAAAGUUUUAAGAGUUGUGGAUGGAAGCGAAUCUACUACAGUGUCUCGAAGGGAAGAGCUGUUUUGUUACUGUAGUAAAGCUGAUGGAAUUUUGUUCAACACGGUGGAGGAGCUUGACAAGCUUGGACUUAUGUAUUUGCCUAGAAAAUUUGGGCGACAGGUUUGGCCUAUUGGGCCUGUUCUUUUGGCUCCAGGAAGCCAAGCUGGAAGCAGAAGAGAUUUCAGAAUCUCCCCGGAGGAAGGUAAAAAUUGGCUUCACAAAAAGCCUUCUUGUUCCGUUCUCUAUGUGUCAUUUGGAUCACAGAACACUGUAUCUGCACCGAAUAUGAUGCAAUUGGCAAUGGGAUUAGAGGGUUGUGGCAAGAAUUUCAUUUGGGUGGUUAGGCCACCAUUAGGCUUUGACAUAAACUCUGAGUUUAGAGCAAAUGAAUGGCUGCCUGAUGGAUUUGAAGAGAGAAUCGGAGACUCAGGACGUGGGCUACUGGUUCAUAAAUGGGUAUUACUGCCAGUCCAAGUACUGAAAUGUAAUAAAUAAAGAAUUAUUUAUUUAUUGUCCAGAUGUAAAUGUUGUUUUGUAAUUGGAUUCAUUCUUUCUAGUAUAAUUGGUUUCUCCAUAAAAUCUGAAGAAGGGAGAUGAGUGGAAGAGAUAUGAUGAUUGGUCAACAUAGAUCCCAUAAAAAAUUACUUCCCACACCGAAUAUCGUACCAAAAUUAGACACUUGUCUUCUCAGCAGCAUCAUGAUUGUGGUCAUGAUAGAAUUCCUUAUACUAAUGCAUGCCCAUGAUUGCGUAAUCAUCUGGAACUAAUUAUUUGAAAGCGAAUGCUUCCAAUCAACAAAAAUCAACGGUCUGGAAAAUGAGAGAGCCACCCACAUCUAAUCCGAUGCUACCAUAACACAGUAUUCAAACUUUGAGUAGUUUUAUUUUUUUAAAAUCUAUUACCAAAAGAAACAGACCUCAUAUAUAGCCAGGCUAUAGAAUUAUUAUCAUGCAAUCUUCAAUAGAUUUUUCUUCUGUAGGUGGGGAUGCACUACCAGACUACCUUUCAUUCGUCACAACUAUGUAUGUAUAUACAAAUCAGAAAUAAAGAAUUAUUGAGAAACACAUAACCUACAUUGUUACGCCUUGAGAAAGCAGUGAUGACGUAAGCCAAGUCAGCAUACAA